AUGCCCCGCCAUGAUGGCGCAGUCAAUGCAAUAGAGGUAGUCACCGAGCAAGAGUUUGUUCAACAACGGAGCUCCCCCAUAGAUGCCCUUAAAAGGUAUCUACUUGCAAAGGGGUUCGUCCUCGAACAUAACGAAGCCUUUAAGACAACCUUGCAAAGACUCGUGAAUCAAGGGGUAGUUCAGUUUAAAGAAUAUCCUGAGGAAGAGUAUGUGGCCAUGCUGGACAGGAAUGAACCGUUAAUGAUACCAAGGCAAGGGGCAAGGAAGACAUUGAUCAUCCCUUGCGCCAAAGCCACACUGCUGAUACCCGCACAAGUACACACUAGGAUUAUCCCAGUCAGGGAUCCAUACCCUGUGGACAAGAUGAAAGCAGUCCCGUGGGAAUAUGAGUCUAAUGCUAAUACCGAUGUGACAAACAUCGUCGGGCCUGGGGGUAUGACUCGUAGCGGUCGCAUAUUCAAUACUGCAAAAUCAAAGGAGAAUUCAGCACAAGCAAAUGAUCAAGAUACUGUGGUCCCUACUGAAAGAAGCACACCCAUAGACAAGGAGAUCACUAACAAAGAUGCCGAAGAAUUCUUGGCAUUAAUCAAGAAAAGUGAUUAUAAGGUAGUGGAUCAGUUGCACCAAACUCCAUCCAGGAUAUCACUCCUCUCGCUGUUAAUUCAUUCAGAAAAACAUCGAGACACCCUGAUGAAGAUCUUGAGUGCUGCCCAUGUAACCAAAGACAUCACUGUAAAUCAAUUUGAUGGAAUGGUGGCUAAUCUUACUGCUGGGGCAUGCUUAAGCUUCAGUGAACACGAGUUGCCCUCACAAGGGAAAGAGCAUAACAAAGCCCUGCAUAUCUCCAUACAAUGUGGGAAAGCUCAUCUGUCUAGAGUGCUGAUCGACACAGGGUCGUCAUUAAAUGUGAUGCCAAAGGCCACCUUAGACAAGAUAGAUUUGGAAGGACUGGUAAUAAGACCAAGCCGUCUGGUGGUCGAAGCCUUUGAUGGGUCGCAAAGCCCGGUGUUUGGAGAGGUGGACCUCCCUGUGGUAAUAGGCCCUCACACUUUCUGCAUCAAUUUCCAAGUGAUGGAGAUUGAGCCUGCCUAUACAUGUUUAUUGGGACGCCCUUGGAUCCAUGCUGCUGGGGCAGUUACCUCUACCCUGCAUCAAAAGGUGAAAUUUGUGGAUGGAAACUCUAUAGUAACCGUCAGUGGGGAGGAGGACAUAUUUGUCAGCAAUCUAGACUCAUACCGAUACAUUGAGGCUGGGGAAAAAGCAUUAGAGACUUCGUUCCAAGCACUAGAGAUUGCCACUGCUGUCACACUGCCAAUUGAGAAAACGCGAAGGGCGUAUUCUAGAUCUGUAGCUGCUAUCUCGCAGCCUGAUGUUGUUUCAUUCUCCUUCUGUGAUCAUGACCAAGAGUUUGUUAGCAUAAUCAAACUCUUGUCUUGCAACCUUGGCUUCAUCCACUUGAGGUUCCUUCUUGUUUGCGUUGUAAUCUCUUGCACAAUGACCAAACUUUUCACAAAGAAAGCAUUGCACCUUACUGUUGUCAAACUUUCUUUUUUCACCUCUAAGGUUUCCUUGACCACCAUUCUUUUUGUAGUUACUCUUACCCUUUUGACAAGUCAAACUCUUUGA